CGCCGGAGGGAAUGAAUGAAGCGUCAUCCUUCAGGAGCGGUGUCUGCAGCGCGAGGCCUCACUGCACGCGCAAACACGGACAUUAGUUCGGACCAGCGACAUUUAUAAAACCCAAAACCACAACACACAAACGCAGGACAAUGUGGCGCGCCGGAGCGGUGAGUUUUGCGCUGAUCUCGUGUUUUUUCUGCGGGUCGGUGAGCGCGGACGGGCUGGUGAAUGAAGAUGUCAAGCGCACGCUGGAUCUCAGCUCUCACCUAGCCAAAAUCACCGCCGAGAUCCAGCUCGCGAACCACGGAUCCUCCCGGGCCAACAGCUUCAUCAUCGGGCUGGAGGACGAGCUCGCCCCGCACCUGGCCUUCGUCGGCGCUUCUGUGAAGGGUGAAGAAGAGGAAGAUGAACACCUCGAGCUGAAAGAGAAAACUAUCCAUGGACAAAGUGGUAAAUUCUUUGAGGCGCAGUUGCAGUCUUCUCUAGCUCCGGGGGCUAAGCUGCGGGUGAAGGUGGAGACUGUGUUCAGUCACGUCCUGAAGCCGUUCCCCACGCACAUCACCCAGGCCGAGCGUCAACUGGUGGUAUUCCAGGGCAACCACUACCUGUACUCCCCGUACCCGACCCGCUCCCAGACCACACGGGUCCGAUUGGCCUCUAAAACCGUGGAGAGCUACACCAAACUGGGCAACCCCACCAAGAGUGAUGAGACCAUAGAGUACGGACCAUUCAAAGACAUUCCUCCCUUCAGCCAGGAUGUCAUGAAGAUCCAUUAUGAGAACAACUCACCGUUCCUGACCAUCAGCAGCAUCACCCGCACCAUCGAGGUCUCUCACUGGGGAAACAUCGCAGUGGAGGAAACCAUCGACCUGAGGCACACCGGCGCUCAGCUGAAGGGCCCGUUCUCCCGCUACGACUACCAGAGGCAGUCUGACAGCGGCAUUUCCUCCGUCAAAUCCUUCAAGACCAUCCUCCCAGCCUCCGCUCAGGAUGUGUACUACCGCGAUGAGAUCGGGAACAUCUCCACCUCUCACCUCCAGGUUCUAGAUGAUUCUGUAGAGGUUGAAAUUCGUCCCCGUUUCCCGCUGUUUGGUGGCUGGAAAACCCAUUACAUUGUUGGUUAUAAUCUUCCCAGCUACGAAUACCUCUACAAUCUAGGAGAUCAGUAUGCACUGAAGAUGCGUCUGGUUGAUCAUGUCUAUGAUGACCAGGUUAUUGACCAGCUGACUGUCAAACUCAUCCUCCCUGAAGGAGCCAGAAACAUUCACAUGGACACCCCAUACCCCAUCAGCCGCAGUCAGGACGAGCUGCACUACACCUACCUGGACACGUUUGGCAGACCUGUGCUGGUGGCCACCAAGAACAAUCUGGUGGAGCAGCACAUUCAGGAUGUUGUGGUUCACUACACCUUUAAUAAGAUCCUGAUGCUGCAGGAGCCGCUGUUAGUUGUGGGAGCGUUCUAUAUCCUCUUCUUCACGGUCAUCAUCUACGUGCGCCUCGACUUCUCCAUCACUAAGGAUCCAGCAGCAGAGGUGCGCAUGAAGGUGGCCUCCAUCACGGAGCAGGUCUUGACUCUGGUGAACAAGCGUCUGGGUCUGUACCGCCACAUGGAUGAGGUCGUGAACCGCUAUAAGCAGUCGCGGGACACCGGAGCGCUAAACAGUGGUCGGAAGACUCUGGAGGCUGAACAUCGCACGCUCACCAGCGACAUCACUGCCUUACAAACACGUCUCAAAGCUGAGGGCUCCGAUCUGGCAGAAAAAGUUGGAGAGAUCCAGAAGCUGGACGGGCAGCUGAAGGAUCUGGUGUGUCGCUCCUCUCUGGACGCCGAGAGGCUUGUGGCCGGAAAGGUGAAGAAGGACGCCUACAUCGACUCUGAUAAAAACCUGACAGGCAAGCGGCACGAGCUGGUCAACCGCAUCGACAGCCUUCUGGACGCCUUGUAAGUCAAACAUCAGACGUCCGGGCGAUAAAUCAGCACUGCCCUCUGACACAAUCGCCCACACUCAAACUGGACUCAGAUCAGUAGAGUACACGCAUGUAUGCAGUACGACCUGAUUUUGCAGAAUGUUCACGCUGUUUUGUUGCUAAAGAAAGUGUGUGAGGUUGUGGACGAGGGUUUAGUGUUUGUAAUCGUUUUGUUUUGUUUCUGAAUGUCAGAUGCAGUCUUCAUUUUUACAGUCCAGCAAUUGAAUAUUCCUUUGCAGUUUUAUUUGGAGUCGGGUUUAAAUUGAAAUCAGUUUCAUUUUGUGAUUUCUCAACUGAAAAGAAGCGAACGUCUUUGCACUUACUGUUAUCAAAGUGAAUAAUUCCUCCCCGUCCUAAAACGUUGGUAUGAACCAAAUGCUGAAAUGAUCCACACUGAGAUGCUCAUGUUAUUGCAGAUUUUCUUAUCGGGGUUUUGUAUGAUCUUUAUUUUGUUUGUUUUUUUUAAAGGAUGUACUUCAGUUCCACAUUGAAUGACAUGAAUGAGAUUGAUUUUUGUAUGCCAGGGGGUAAAUGUGGCAGGUAUUGCUGGUGGCCGUUAAUAAACGUGUUAAAAACCA